GGGUGGGAUGGCUACAAACCCUAGGGAUUCGGAUUUAGGAUUCCUAGACCUCGUCAAUGCUUGCGAUAACUUCAGACUUCCCGCCAAUCACCGUGCUGACAUCCCUUUAUCCUCGUCUGCCCAGGAUACCCUAGUACCAUGGACUCUAACUCAGUCACUUGAUAGUCCCGUGGUAGGCCUACUCAAACCUGAAAUCAUAGACCUCUUGCGCGAGGAAGAACAUGGAUCUUGGGUCAUCCCCGAUCCGGCUAGCGUGCCUCGAACUGCCUAUCGGGUGAGCUUCCACCCGUCGAUCGAUACGCCUGCGAAGCGCACAAAGGUCAUGAGGAAACUCUGUGAGGGAUGGCGCGACAGCGGUACGAUAUACCAGGACAUCAUCGGACCGAUGAAAUGGCGAAACGAGAUGUACCCUGUGUACCGCAAUCCCUUUGGUGUUCACCGUGCCCACGACCCGAAGGCGGGGGAUGAUGAUUCGGACGAUAGUAACUACGCCUUCGAGAUGGAACGUUCCGCCUGUGUUCUAUUCGGUGUGGUUACGUAUGGCGUACACAUGACGAUCUAUCAACAGACGAAUGGUAACGAGAUCCGGAUAUGGGUCCCUACCCGUUCGCGAACGAAGCAGACGUGGCCAGGGUAUCUAGAUAACAGCGCUGCGGGAGGCAUCUCAAGUGGCAUGUCUGCAUUUGAUAGCAUUGUUAAAGAGGCCGCAGAGGAGGCAAGUAUAGAUGAGGAUAUCACCAGGAGGCUCGCGAAAUGCGCAGGAUCCAUCAGUUACUACCUCCAAACUUCAGCAGGUUGGUUACAACCCGAAGUCCAAUAUGUCUACGACAUGAAGAUACCUAACGAUAUUGACCCCAUGCUCUUCCAACCGAAACCUGCGGACGGUGAAGUCGAAUCUUUUGACCUUCUUCCACUCCAUGUGGUCAUUAGCAAGAUGAAGCAGGGGCUUUUUAAGGCAAAUUGUGCUCUUGUGUUGAUUGAUUUCCUUAUCCGUCAUGGGUACUUGACACCAGAAAAUGAUCCCAAUUUUAUGGAAAUUGUUACAAGAUUACAUGGGAGGUUCCACUAUGAUAGGUGGUAGCUCGAAGAUGUGGCUGAUACUUAUAACAAUCAUCUUAGUGUUGACAUUUUCUGCUGAUGUAUCCCUCCUGCUGUGUUGUACUGUUUGGACCCUGGGGGUAUAUAUACUGGUGCUGCAUGUAUGUGCAGG